CUGUUAACCUGAAGAUGUUUUGCAUACGUACACGAGAACUGUAGUUUGUAUCGAAUUGGAAAAGCCAUGAAUUAAGCGAAGUGGGAAGAAAGCAGAUGUUACUGACUCAUUUGACCGCUCGAAAGCAAACAACUGGGAGACAAUGGGGUGCAGACCAGCACACCUUUCUUGGUACAGCGAAAACAACGUCGGAUCCAGCCUCAGAAAAGCAUAUGCGCGCUCAUGAUUGAACCGUUUCGUGUCGACACACCUUCUCUUCUUGGCUGUAUAUCUUCGACUAUAAAAUACACCCCCGAAUCUUAUCUUCGCUCGCAUACAAAAAGAUCUCCCCUUUUCUCCGGCGAGACCCGCGUGCGGGAUUCCGGCGACCGAUGGCCCUCGAUCAAGACAGAGCGGAGGGCGACCACAAGAAGCUGUGGUCGCACCUAAAGAUGCCGUUUUGGCAGUCGACAGUGUCGUCGCCGUCGCCCGCCACUUCGUCGGCGGCUCCUGCGUCGUCGUUUCAGCAAAACCAGAGUGCCCACCUCGAUCACCAGCUCAGUGAUCAUCACUCUGCGAGUGCGGUGGCUGCAAUGGCGAAGUCUCUGCUUCCCUCGAGGCGAAGACUCCGUCUUGAUCCUCCAAACAAGCUCUUUUUUCCAUAUGAACCUGGCAAGCAGGUUAGGAGUGCCAUCGAGAUCAAGAACGUGUCCAAGACUCAUGUAGCAUUCAAGUUCCAAACAACUGCCCCCAAGAGUUGUUACAUGCGCCCUCCAGGGAGUGUACUCGCCCCUGGAGAGAAUAUCAUUGCAACUGUGUUCAAAUUCGUGGAGCCCCCCGAGAGCGAUGACAAACCAGCUAACCUGAAGAGCAUCGUUAAGUUCAAAAUCUUGAGCUUAAAAGUACAUGGGCAAAUGGAUUAUGUCCCCGAACUGUUUGAUGAACUGAGGGACCAAGUGACAGUUGAGAAAAUUUUACGGGUGGUUUUCCUCGAUCCAGAGCAAUCGACUCAUUUGAUAGAAAAACUAAAGCGGCAACUGGCCGAGGCCGAAGCUGCGCUUGAGUCACAGAAGAAACCUCCAGAAGAGCCCGGCGCAGGUCCUGUCAAGGAAGGACUCGUGAUAGAUGAAUGGAAAGAAAGAAGAGAAAGGUACCUAGCACAGCAGCAUGUUGAAGGUGUCGAUUCGGUUUAAACGGAUUGAUUCUAAACUUGCGACUUCUUCAUGAGGAGAUCAAAGCGCCGACGUGUCAACACGCAACGUGAAACCGAUGAAAAGUGACUGAUAGCAGUAUCUUAUUAAAGGGCCAUAACUUUGGGCAGUGAGAAGUUUGAAUUUGUAGUGAGAUUAGAUGAAGCUGGUUUUGCUGUUGAACCAAUGCAGUGCAGGGGCACCAAUGUUUCCUUUUGGUCAUGCUUGAAUUCAGAUGCAGAUUUUGUUGGGAGAACCUCCUAAUAUAUUUUGAAGUUGACAAAAUU